CUGAUUGGCUGUUCUUGAGAAGGAGGCUAGCAAGCUGAACUUUUCGAAUUUAAGUGAGAGGUUAGCUGUUGCUGUGGUCUGGCCUGUCUGGACGAUACGUCUGGUCCCUGACAUGUCCUUCCCGAAGGCUCCGCUAAAACGCUUCAAUGACCCUUCUGGUCGUGUGCCUUCUCCAGGAGCUUAUGAUGUCAAAACUUCAGAAAUACCAAAAGGGCCUGUAUCAUUUGAGAAAUCACAACGAUUUAGGAGGCAUCAGGCAGCUUUUAUGGAAAAUCAAGAGGGUAUUAAUAAUGGCAAAGACAGGCUUACAACCACAACUGCAAAAAAUACCAAACCUUUGGAAUUAAAGACAAAAUCUCAAAAGAAUGUUAAAGAGCUGAAAAAACUGAAGAUACAAGAGAAAGAGAUACGUGCCCUAGUCCAAGAGCGUGGAAUACAGAAUAAACAUCUUCAAGAUCUGGAAGCAGAGUUUGAGAAAAUGGAAGCAAAGCUCAACAUAGCAGUCAGAGAGAAAACAUCUCUCUUAGCUAAUAUUGCAUCUUUGGAAAAGCAGCUUAUUGAAUUAACUAGAGCUAAUGAAAUUCUAAAAAUAAAGUUUUCUGAAGAUGGUAACCACCAGAAGAAAAUAAGUCUUCUAAGCUUAGAGUUAAUGAAACUGAAGAAUAAGAUGGAAACAAAGAAGAAGAAUGUUGUUGAUAAACAAGAAGGGAUGGAAAUCAAACUGUAUUCGGCACAGAAGAACUUUCAUCAUUUUCAAGGAAAUUUGUCACAACUAGAGGAAAAAAUAGUUACUUCAGAAAAAGAAAACAUUGAAGAAAAGUUAGAAAUUGAAAACCUCUUGAAAUAUAUUACAGAAAUCAGCUGUACAUCAGAUCAAAUGGAAAAAUAUAAGUUGGAUAUUGUCCAAUUAGAAGAGACUUUGAAUCAGAGGAAUCAAGAGAUUUUAGUCCUUAAGCAGUCUCUGGAUGAAAAUGUGGAUGUAUUAUCUAAAAACAUUAAAGACUUGAACACUAGAUGUGACACACUUGAAAAGGAAAAAGAGGAACUUGUCAGACAAGGCAAAGAACAAGAACAAAAUCUCAGUACCGAGAUACUAAGCUUGAAAGAAAGAUUAACUCUAGAAAAACAAGAAAAUGAAAAGCUGGCACAAAGGCAGUCAGAAAUUGAUUCGUGUCUUCAACGAGAGCAGGAAUUAUCAUCUACUCUUAAUCAGAAGCUUUGUCUAUUCCAAGAAGAGAUGAUUAAUGAGAAAAAUCUUUUUGAGGAAGAAUUAAAACAAGCAUUGAGUGAGCUAGAUAAACUGCAACAAAAGGAAGAACAGGAUGAAAGACUGGUGAAGCAAUUGGAAGAAGAGAGUACAUCCAAAGCUACAGAGCUCCAACUCUUAGAAGAAAAGCUCAAGGGGAAACAGGAUGAAAUUGAGAAAAUCAGUGAAGCACACAAUCAGGCCAUUCUGCACUGGCAGGAAAAAUACAACAAUACAUUACAAAGUCUUAAAGAAGUCAUUGCUGAAUUUGAAAGCCAUAAAGUCUCAGUGGCUAAAGAGAUGACAGAUCUAAGGCAUGAGAAUUCAUCACUACAAGGAAAAACUGCUAAGGCAGAAAAAACAGUUGAGCUUAUUCAGCAGCAAAUGGUGGAGAUUCAGCAUGCUAAAAAUAAAAAGGAUGAAGAAUAUACAAGGGUGUUUCUAGACAUGCAGAGCAAAUUGGCACUUAAAGAAGAAGAAGUAAGAAAAGCAAUAGCUUCUUCUUUAGAACAGAUAUCUGAUUUACAGAAUAAACUUAAGCAACAGAGUGAAGACUUUAACAAACAACUUGUAAUGGAAGAAACAAGAAAAACUAGAGAAAAGAAUAUGGAAUUCACUGAAGAUGUGAAAAAAUGGCGUCUUCUUUAUGAAGAACUUUAUAACAAAACAAAGCCUUUUGAGCAACAAUUGGAUGCAUUUGAAGCAGAGAAGAGAGCUUUAUUGAAUGAACAUGGUGCUACACAGGAAGAACUGAAUAAACUUAGUGAAUCAUAUGCCAAAUUAUUGGGUCAUCAGAAUCAAAAGCAAAAAAUCAAACAUGUCAUGAAGUUAAAAGAAGAAAAUAACCAGCUUAAAUUGGAGGUUUCUAAACUUCGUUCUCAACUGGCCAAGGAAAAACAAGUAGGGAAAAAACUUCAGGAACAAAUUAAUGAAGCAAAAGGUUUCAAGCGGUUUGAUCCUUCUAAAGCUUUUCAGCAUGAGAGUAAAGAAAACUUUUCUCCCAAAGUACCUUUGAAGGAAGGUAACAGAAAAUGCUAUUGAAAUCCCCUGGAGUUUCUAGAAUCAUGAGAGAAGACUUCACAAAUAAUCUAUAAGAAUUAUUUAUAAUUUGUUGAUAUUUGGAAUACUCAAAUUUAUGAGAUUUUGAUAAUGCUGAUAAUUUAAUAUUCACCUGUAUUUAGCUAUAUGAAAAGUAUAUGGUAAUCCAUUAACCUUGACUCCCCAUUUCUAGUGAUAAUAUUCCAUUUUAGUUUUCCUUUUCAGAUUUCUUAAACUUGUCCCUUUCCUUUCAUAUUAGUACUACUACAGUCUAUACCCUUAUCAAAUAACCUCAUGUAUAGGUUAUUACAGUAGCCUAUAGCUGGUUCCAUUCUUUAGGUUUCUUUUUCCUCUUUUAAUUCUCUCUGUAUACCGCCAUUAGAUUAAUUUUCAUUUAAAAAAUUAUUGAUAUUACUUGUUCUUCCAGUACAAUUUUUUGCAUUGUUAUUGCACUAUUUCAGCCAAAAAGAAACAGAAAUGAUAAAAAUUAAAAUACUAAACUUAAUAUGACUAUUUAGAGUGAAUUGCUAAGUUAGAGCUACGUAUUGCAGCAUUUUGAAUGUAUAUGAAUCAAUAUGAUUUUGAUGAGUUUUAAAAUACAAGACUUAGUCAUUUUUACCUAGCCCUUUCAAUUCUUACAUUUACAACAAAUCCCUCUCCAAAGGAGUUAUUUUUUAGUAAUCUAAUAGCCUUUCCAAAAAGGAGGAAGGAGAAAGCCCAUUAGAAUGACUUAUCCAUCCAAAUGUGCCUUAUUAGAGGAUAUUCUUUCCAGUUAUCUAGAGACUGGUAGUAGAUGCUAUUGGUCAUCCAAUUCUGUGUUCAUACUGAAUGAUAGUAUGGUGCUCUUAUAAGAUGUCACAGUUUUUCUUUUUGUAUGGGAAAUGUGUCAUCUUUGAUGUGUGUUAAAGAUGCUUCCUCAUUUGGAGGGUUGCAAUGGGGUUUGGGGGUAGAAAUAGAUAGGUCCAGAUUUAUUGGAAGCAAGAUAUUUAUUUUCUUUACUUCCAGAUCUAUAUUUUGGGAUUUGGAGGUACAUGAAUUGAGAAGUUUGAGGACAGAGGGUUGACAUGUUUCUUCAUUUAUUCUAGGUUGGCAAACAAGAUGUGGACAAUUUUGUCUAAUAUCCCAAUGAUUAUAGGGCCAUUUGGACCCAGAUGGAUGAUUCUCUAUGAAGCUCUAAUUAGGGAAACCUACAGAUAGUUUCAAACUUAAAAGCAAAAGAAGACAAGAAGCGAUUAAAACUGUUUAGAUAUACUUGGUAUUAGCCAAUUAAUAAACACAUGCCUCUUCCUGGCUAGUUCUGCCUUGAAUAUUUGACCAUUGCCAGAAGGAUGACCUUGGGUUAUUCUCUCCAAUAAGAAUUAGAGGCCUCUGAUAGAGGUGCUUUUCCCCUUGGGAUUCUACAUAUGAAUAUUAACUCAAAUUGUAAAAGAAAGAAGAAUAAAUUUUAAUUCACUAGGAUCCUAACAAGGAGCAUGAGGGGCGUAGUGGGGAGGGUAAUCCUUUAUUUAUUUAGCUAUAUAUAAAGGUAUGUAUGCACAAAAAUACACACUUUUUUCAUAGAAAGAAAUUCUAGUCUAUUGAUAGAAAAUAAAUUCACUUGCAUUUUCCAUAGUAAGGAUGGCACUUAGAGUACUUAAGAGAAAAAAAUAUAGCUUUAUAUACAUCAUAACAAAUGUUAUAUAAGCUGCAAAUCAGAUGCUAUGAAAUGGGCAGUGUUAAUAGGCCUUAUAGCUGACACCAUUCUAUAAAUUGUCAUUAGGAUAAAUUUGCCAAUGUGAAUUUAUUUUCAUUGAAAAGAUUAAAAUCUUAUAAUGUUAUGUAUAAAAUAUCUAGGCUCCAAGUAAUUUAGUUACAACAUUAAAUCUUAAUCUUGUAAUUUAUUCUUAAAAUAUUGAGGCUUCUUCUUAUAAAGCAGGUUUUUCAAAAAUUUUUGACAUUGACCAAUAAAUAUCAGAAGUAAGAUAAAUCACUUCUCUAUCCAUUUGUUAUUUCAUAUUUGGAAUUCAACUUUUAUUUCCAGUUUACUUUAUCCAUAUAUAUUUCAAGUGCUUUUCCCCCUUUUAAAGUAAACAGCAUAUAUAUACUUUUGCAAAUUAGCAAUGUAUUUAUCUUAAAUAAUAUGAGUUAGUUUUUAAGUUUAAAGGGAAUGCUUUACUGAGUAGAAGGAUUUUAUAUGCUUUUUAUCAUGAAAGCUAAAUGACUAAGAGAAGAACCUUCACUUUCAUUUUAUAGCACUAUUUAUAAGAGGAACUCAAGUAAUUAGUACAAACUGUAAUAUUAGCCAUCUUCUUAUGUAGUAUGGAGAAAUGAAAUAAGACAAUUAUAGGAGAAAUCAAUGAUUUUGCUUUCUUGCAUUUUGAUUUUUUAAAUCCCUCUACCUUUAGCCAACUCUAUUAGCUGUUAUUCACAAAUGGGUUUGCAUCAAUAUUUCAGUAUUUUACAGCUAUUGAAGAAUGUCAGAUUUCCUUCAGAUACUAUUAAAAAAAAUUUUAGGUUUCUAGUUCUAGUAACAAGUUCUUCAUCUUUGACAUUUUAUUAUCUCUGUAAUCAUAUGAAGGUGCCUUAAGAAAACAUUUAGGUUUCAGAAUCAGGGAAAUAAUUUAUUUUAUACUGUAUUGUCCACAUUUAGUCAAGUAAACCAUUUAAUUGGAUUGUUUCAGAAUGUUAAUUUGAUUUAUUCAAAGUAAUUUACUGUUUCUUACUCUUAUGGCUUUAUUUUCCUUUUUAUGUAUUCUAAUCUCAACCUCUGUCAGAUUAAUAUCUCUUUUAGGCAUUGGAAAAAGAGGGAUAACAAAUAUAAUUACUCAUACUAAA